CAUGAAUACAGCUCGAAUCCAGGUUGAGUGCCAAUCCCUCACCUCGCUCGCCGUGCGCACUCCUUCCUCCUCCUCCCUCCGUGUAAUACAAACCUCGUGAUCACCCAUUCAGCGGUGCCUGCGUCUGCUGCUUUGGGGGAAAAUAAUAAGCCGACUAGCCAAAGGGGCUGGAAAGCCAAAAGUAUCCGGGAGACAGACAGGUGUCGCGGAAGUUUACACUCGCAGAGGAGCAUCCCUCCGCGUCCUUUUUUUUGUCAUUAUCUGGGAUAACGUGAAAGAGAUUGUAACUGGCGGUCAUCCGGCACCCACUGAUCCUGUGGUUAUCCCAGCCUCGGCCCCCAGAGCAGCAGUGCCCUCGCCUCUCCUCCUCCUCUCUUGGACCAGCAGCAGCCUGACGUGGUGAGGCCAGGAACGAUGGGCCGGAAGCUAGACCUGUCUGGCCUGACGGAUGACGAGGCUGAGCAUGUCUUGAAAGUGGUCCAGCGGGACAUGAAGCUAAGAAAGAAGGAGGAGGAGAGGCUGAGUGAGAUGAAGCAGGAGCUGGCGGAGGAAGGCAGCAGAUGCUCUAUCCUCUCCAAGCAGCACCGCUUCAACGAGCACUGCUGCAUCCGCUGCUGCGCGCCCUUCACCUUCCUGCUCAACCCCAAGCGCCAGUGCCUGGACUGCCAGUACAACGUCUGCAAGACCUGCUGCACCUACAACAAGAGGGACAAAGCCUGGCUCUGCUCCGCAUGCCAGAAGGGCAGGAUUUUGAGGACACAGUCCCUUGAAUGGUAUUAUAACAACGUGAAGAGUCGCUUCAAGAGGUUCGGCAGUGCCAAGGUUUUGAAGACUUUGUACAGAAAACACAUUAUCGAGAGAGGCGCUUUCUCUGAUCUCCCAGAAAGUAGCGUUCACGAGGGAAGCACCGGCAACGACAAUGAUGGCAGCGUCUGUGGCAGUGACUCUGCCUUCUACAAACAGAGUGAAGGACACAGUAUGGCAGAGACGCUCACAGUCGCCUUGCGUGUCGCUGAGGAGGCUAUAGAGGAAGCCAUCGCUAAGGCAGAGGAGUUCAGUGACAGCUUGGAGAAGCAGAAUGAGGCUCGGUAUCUGCGGGACCACAAAGAGGAGCUCAUAGAGGAACUUGCUACAACUAUUGUACAAAAAAUCAUCCAGAGGAGGAAGCGUUCAGAGAUGCAAACAGAGUAUGACUUUGUCUGGCCUCAGCCUCAGUCCCUGAUCCAGUCCAGUGAACCACCCUCCCCUUCACAGCCUCAAGCUUCUUCACAAGGACCACAGGAUCCCCUCAAGACCUCCUACUCCCUCUGGCGGUCACGCUCAGCCUUCUCCCUCACCAGUGACGACUCCCCAGAUAAAGGUCCAGAGGACGAGGGUGCCGGGGCGGGCGGUGGCUUGCAGGAGUACGCCUCUCUGAAGAGGGAGCCCAAGGCCACGUCUCUGCCCAGCUGGAAGAGUGUGGAUCGCCUGGACAACUCCAGUGCGUCCUCAGUUCUUCAGAGCCCAGACGGUAACUGGAUUGCUCUGCACAGCUCCCAGCUGUCUCGGCCCAGCCUGCUAACCAAGAGGAAGAGCCUGGUGUUCAGCGUGUUGGAAAAGGAGUCCGGCGUCGUCUCAGCUUACGACGAAAUGGGGUCCAACUCUGAGGAGGACGACGAGGGUGGCUGGGGAGCAGCGUUGCGACAAUUCCGACGCAAACUGUCUGAUGAGACUUACUACACAGACUCGCAGCACGACCCAGAGUGGACGUACACCCAGCACCUCCCCAUCACUUCACCGUCCUCUGGCCAGUACACCAACACAGAGACUCUCAACUCAGACUCUGAGGCCUCGUCUGUGCUUUCUGCAUGUCCUCGGAAACCGCCUCACAACCUGCUGAGAAAGAAAGGACCUCCGGACACACACCUACACCCUCACCACCAGCCCCUAUACCACCAACACCAUCACCAGAACUUCCCUCCGUAUCCACUUGUCUCAGAGUCACUGGAUGUGAACUUUAACCCUAAGGUGAUGGGAGACAGCAGUGAGGCAGAGGAGAGGCAGAGUGACCCCGUCAGAAGAUCGCGGCGACGCAGGAAAAGCAAGAGAGAGUCGUCAUCAGAGCAGAGCAGACCAGCUGGCCAAAACCAUGCACAGUCCCUUUACCCCUUGGUACAGGAGAACAGUGGUUUUCUACUCAAUGCCCUGCUGAAGAGGGGUUUAAGUGAGGAACAUCCAAUACCUGACACUUUGCCAAUGGCCACAGCUGCAACGGACGCCUUCAAAUUAGAUGCCAUGACUACCGAGCCAGAAGACUUGGAGACAGUGGCCCCAAAUUCAGCGGCUCCCAGCCCCCCGCAGCCCCACUCUCUGGGUCCGGGGCCCCAGCACUCGCUCAGCAGCUCGGGGAAUGGAUCAGGCUCUGGAGACCCUCUGGAGGAGGAACUGCGAUCCAGACUCAGAGAGCUGGUCAGCCGUGCCAACAGCAAAGACAGCAGCUCAUCCGAAGAGGACUUUGCAAAGUGGCCUGCAGACAAACAGACAGAUAAAGAAAGUGACAGACAGAGAGAGAAGACGAAGCUGAGAGACGUAGAAAGAGAAAGGCAGAGGGCGAGUGACAGAUUAAGAGCCAGCAGUAAGGAAAGAGAAAAAGGAAGUGAAACAGUGGAACAAGUGAACGGACAAGAGAUGACAAGACGUGAGAAACUAAUAAAGAGUCCAUCGCUGAGUGAAGAGGGAAGAGUUAGGGAGAGGAGGUUAGAGAAAGGAGUAGAGAGUUUGGAAGACAAAGUAGAUGACCAGGGGCAAAAGAGAGGAGACAGAAGAGAGGGGAACAGACAAAGUAAGAGGCAACAUAAAAGAGAUGUGGAGAAGGAAGCAGGACAGAAAGGAGGAGGAUGGAGGAGUGGAUCCAGCGCAAGUUCUCCUGCAGUUACGCCUUCUUCCCAGGAGGGAGUGCUGUCUGACAACCAGGAGCAACAGAAUGACUUGGAGCAACAGCAGAGGCUUCAUUUGCUCUCCUCUCUCUUACAGCAGCAGAAGUACUCGGCUGCAUCUCUCUGCAGCAUCACCACGGAGGUGCUGAAGGUUUUGAACGCCACAGAGGAGCUGAUUGGCGAGGCGGGAGGUGACAGCUACACCCCGUCUGAGUCCAUCAGUGCUUCCCCUAUCUCCAGCAGCUCUGAGACCCGCAGGCUGGAUCAGAGGCUUACCAAGAUGGAGGAGAAUGUGUACCUGGCUGCUGGUGCUGUGUAUGGCCUUGAGGGGGCACUGGGGGACUUGGAGCAUUGUGCCCGCAGUAUUAGCAGUGAUACCACAGACACAGAGCUGGCUUUCCUGGAAGACCAGGUGGCCACCGCGGCUGCUCAGGUCCAGCAGUCUGAACUACAGAUAUCAAACAUUGAGGCCAGGAUAUCAGCUCUGAAAACAGCUGGGUUGAAUGUGACUGUCUGCAAUCGCUUCUGCAAGUCCAAGCCAAAGCCUCAAACCCUGGACUCAUCACGCCAUCAGAGGAGGAAGCUGCCAGCCCCUCCACUGAAAGAUAAGUUGGAGCCAGAGCAGCAGGUGAAAGUCUUUCGUCCGUAGUGACAGUCAGCAGCACAACGAGUCCCUCAGGGCCACUUCAGAGCCCCAGGGACGGGGGGCCCCUCUCAUCCAGUGCCUUGACCCAGCGUCCACCUCCAGCUCCAGGCCAAGCAGGAGCCAACACCUGCCCUGUGCAACCCACAUAGCACUCAGCCCUCAGCCAGGCACAGCACCGCGUCAGUCAAAUGCCUCACAGAUGCCUCACUCCCUUCUUUCCUUUCUCACCCUGAAGACACUACCUGCUUUUCCCUUUUCCAGUUGAUCCCCAAAUAUCUUUUUCUCGCCAUGCAUACAAAAGGUCAAGCAAGGAUGACUCGACAGCCGGUGUCUCUGCCUUAAAAUCUGCAAAACACUCCUUAUGACCCCAAACUCAAAAAGAAUAUCUGUACAGACAAAAAAAACUGUCAUGUCCUUUUUCUAUCUGUUUGCAAGAGUAUUGUGAUUUAAUGUACAAUGAAGAUGUGUGGAAAAAUCA